CAUGUUAGGAAAGCAUGCUGUUCCUAAACUCCUUCUGUCCAUCACCUUACUCAUCUCCUCUAUGUUAAUGCCAUCAUCAUCAUCAUCAUCAACAACACACAAUGCCAGUUCUCGACCCGGUGUCCUCAAUCCCCAUUUGAAUGGUCACAAUGAAAACUAUGAUGAUAAUUCAGAAGAAACUGAUGGCACAACAACAAGUCCUGACGUUUCUCCACCUCAGUUCUGUGAAUACGACGCCUGCAAGGACCAGCAGGAACCAUGUCAGAAGCUCAGACUUACUCUCUUCUGCUCCUGCCCCGGUAUCAGUGGCCCCUUUGACCCUCCGGACCCUCCUUCUCUCAGCAGUCUGUCUAUAGAAAUGGGGGGAACAGUAGUCGUGCGGUGGUGCGCGCCAUCCUCAACCAUCACACACUACCUCAUCCGAGUGGAGGGUCAGGACGGUGCUCAUGAGGUGGCAGAGAACAGAAGGAUGAUGGAGCUUGGAAAUAUAGCUCCUGGCACUGAGGUGUGUGUGGAGGCGGUGAACAAGGCAGGCGUCAGCCCCAGGCAGCACCACUCGUGCUCCCGCUUUGAGCCAAGAAGCUCCGAAGAGAGGCUCACCGUAAAAUUGGUGCUUAUUGGAGCAGCAGUGGUGGUUGUGCUAGCAAUCGCAUUAGCGCUUGUGCUCUGGUGGUGCAUGAGACGGCGGAAAACUCCAGCACGGACAGCAAACCGAGGAACGGACAUGGUACUGUAAGGGAGAGGAAAAGACAAAGCAGGAGGUCUCUAAUAACUGCUGCUUGAAGGAAUUUUACUGGAAUGUCUGUGUAUACAAAAGCACUUUAGUAACAGUGUUGUUUGAGUGGUAACUGUAUAGGAUUUUGUGUGUAUUGUUUUUACCUUUUUAAAGUUGAUGUAUUGAAGUAUUUUAUAUAUUUUAUAUUACCUUUGUGUGUGAGAGAGAAUACUGUACAGUAAGUUAAGUGAGAGUGACUUGGAUUAAAAAAUAUAUAUUAUUUUGAAUAUGUAAUAAUAAAAAAAACUGUUCCCAGGAAUCUACACA